AUGAGAACAACAGCCUUUGUCCUGCUCUCAGCCCUGGUGCUUGCAACCAUCCUCAGAAGUCAAGAUAUACCUGGAGUUAUUAUUGCCUUCAUUUUGCAGAUAAAUAAAAUUGACUGUAGUAAAUAUAAAAAGUUACCAUCAGAAGAAAGAUUUUGUUAUGACAUAUAUGCACCAAUUUGUGGAUCUGAUGGCAAAACUUACAGCAAUGAUUGCUACUUUUGUUAUGAAGUUGAGAAAACUAACAACAAACUUAAAUUUGUAUACUUCGGAAAAUGUUCAAUCUGUCUUAUGAUUACAACUCACAAGAGACACAUUUCUUCUCCCAUAUAA